AGUCCGAUUCACUGAAUGUCUUUCUUCCCCCCCCCCCCUUCAAUAUGUUUCAGGAGACAUAACGUAUACAUUCCCAAGUUCUCCAUCAAGACUUCCUACAACCUGAACGAUGUGCUGUCAGAAAUGGGAAUGACGGACAUGUUCGGUGAUCGUGCGAAUCUGAGAGGCAUUUCAGAGGAGCAGGGACUGUCCGUCUCAGACGUCGUCCACAAAGCGACCCUGGACGUGGACGAGGCCGGCGCCACCGCCGCCGCCGCCACCGGCAUCGGCAUCACGCUGAUGUCCUUCCGCCACGUCCCGGUGCUGAAGCUCAACCGUCCGUUCAUGGUCCUCGUCACUGAACGCAACACGGAGAAGAUCCUCUUCAUGGGCAAGAUCCUCAACCCGACCCUCUGAUGGUCUCUCUGGGUCCCGCUCAGCUGGGCAGCUCAUAGCUCAUAUAUAAAGGAGCCAGAGAAACCUU